AUGUCACUGCCAUUAGUACAUGUUUUACGAACGGGACUUAUAAAAUACGCACAUGGAUUGAAUCUACAAAAAUUUAUCACAUCAAAAUUUAGUGAACAGAAUGAGAAUAAAUUCAGAAAUAUUUUAAUAUUAACGGAACAUCAGCCGGUGUACACGAUUGGCAUUCGCACCAAAAACUAUAGCAUCGAUGAUGAAUCGCAUCUACGAAGCUUAGGCGCUGAAUUUUAUCAAACCAAUCGCGGUGGUUUGAUCACAUUUCAUGGGCCCGGCCAAUUAGUUGCCUAUCCAAUAAUCAAUUUGAAGGACUUUCAACCGAGCAUCAGAUGGUACGUGUGCCAUUUGGAGAAAACAAUCAUUGACCUGUGCAAGCAAUUCAAUCUUAAUGCAACCACUACAUCCGACACCGGUGUCUGGAUCGACGAUCGCAAAAUAUGCGCUAUGGGAGUGCAUGGUAAACGUUAUAUAACAUCACAUGGACUGGCACUGAACUGUAACAUUGAUUUGAAAUGGUUUGAUCACAUUGUACCGUGUGGUUUGACCGGCAAAAGUGUUACAUCAUUGACCACAGAAUUAAAUAGAAAUGUGUCGAUUAGCGAGACAACGCCACUAUUUCUAAAUAGCUUUAAACAAACUUUUAACUGUCAACUAAUUGAAUUGCCUGAUGAUGAAACCAAAUUUUAUACGGAUCAUAUGAAUCUAGCUGCUUAAUUGUUUUUUUUUUUUUAUUGUAUACAUAUAGUAAAAUAUUCUUAAUGAACAACGUGUUUUUUUUUUUUACUUUGAGACUGAAAUAAAAAUGAGUACACGAGUACGUUUAA